AGGAGGCGCGGUUCGCACCAAAGUCUGCAAAGGCCUCCGAUCUGGACGCACUGCCUCAGAGAACGCCCUCGUUCCACCCGAAAAGAACCCGGGUCUUUUCCGCUCUGCCUCCUCCCGCCGCAGCCCUUCGACACUUCCGGCGGUGCAGCAGCCAAAUACAGCCUGCCAGCAACUUCCGCCCUUCUAGCUAAAUGCGGAGAACAGAAGCUCGGAACAGGUGUGUCGCGCUUGCUCUUCACUCGGCCGUGUUAGAGGGUGACCAUUUUCUGUCGUGGGUUACGCGGAGUCGGCUCGUGGGUCUCUGAGACCCGAAAAUUGAGAGUUUCUUUGCGCCUCGUAGGCUGCGUCUGGCAGCUUUGCGGCUGUCGCCAUGCCACAAAAUGAAUAUAUUGAAUUACACCGUAAACGCUAUGGAUAUCGUUUGGAUUACCAUGAGAAAAAGAGAAAGAAGGAAAGUCGAGAGGCUCAUGAACGUUCAAAGAAGGCAAAAAAGAUGAUUGGUCUGAAGGCUAAGCUCUACCAUAAACAGCGCCAUGCUGAGAAAAUACAAAUGAAAAAGACUAUCAAGAUGCAUGAAAAGAGAAAUACCAAACAAAAGAAUGAUGAAAAGACUCCACAGGGAGCAGUACCUGCCUAUCUGCUAGACAGAGAGGGACAGUCCCGAGCUAAAGUUCUUUCUAAUAUGAUUAAACAAAAACGAAAAGAGAAAGCGGGAAAAUGGGAAGUCCCUUUGCCCAAAGUUCGUGCCCAGGGAGAAACAGAAGUAUUAAAAGUUAUUCGAACAGGAAAGAGAAAGAAGAAGGCAUGGAAAAGGAUGGUUACUAAAGUCUGCUUUGUUGGAGAUGGCUUUACAAGAAAACCACCUAAAUAUGAAAGAUUCAUUAGGCCAAUGCUAACAUCCCUCCCUUUUCCUUUUUUUUUGGUUUGGUUUUGUUUUCUUUUAGGAAAAUAUGCCCAGGUUACCAACAAUCCUGAAAACGAUGGGUGCAUAAAUGCAGUCUUACUGGUUUGACAGCAGUUUUGUACAAGUAACUCCUUAUAAUGAUCAAAGACUACACACCAGUUGGGAAAACCAUCCUUACUGUGAUGUUUCUGAAUGCUACCAAACAAGCUGUACCUGUCUGCAGUCAUCGAGAGAGAACUAUUUAUUACAUUGUAAAAAAUAAAAUGGCCCAGUUUAACAAAGUG